AUGAGAAUGUUGAAACCAUCUGUAUUAUUUGUUCUCAUCUUGUGCACUAUCCAACCAAACAAUGGUGAAGGUAUAAUAGAGAAAACUUGCAAUAGGGCUCCUCAUUAUUUUUUGGAAUGCGUUAAGUACGUGAAAUCCUAUCCUAAUUAUCCUAAUCCAGCAAAACCCGUUGACGUAGUAAUAAUCAUGGUUUAUAUAAUGAGAGACAAAGCAAUGACUACCUCAACAAAAAGCAGGAAUCUUCUUCCUAAAGCUCGUCCUGGCACUCGUGAAUACCAAGGACUUCAGCUAUGUGCUACUUCCUACAAUGAAAUUGCAACAUCUAAUUUUAGAAGAAUCCGUGAAAGUUUACUCAGAGGUGAUCCUAAAGUUUCAUUAGAUAUUGCAAAUGAUGUGUUAGGGAAAGUCCGUAGAUGUGAGAUGUUCUUUCAUGGGAGAGCUGGUGGUGGCAUACGCACACCCCUCACUGACGAGAACAAUGAGAUGGAUCUUGUAGUAACCAUAGCAGCAAAUAUUUUGGAUUCAUUUGUGUAA